AUGCCCGCCCCAAUUGAAAUCACCGAUCCUCUCGUCGUCGUCCGCGACCUCGCCGACGACGAGAGCCUAGUCGUGACCGAGUUCGAGGAACACGCCAUCCACUGCCGCCACUGCUCAAAUGCAGUCGAGACCCUCAGGGACGGCCGCUCCCUCUGUGACCAAGGCAACGCCGGUGCUCGCACUCUGAUCCAAUACAUCCACAGCCGCAACGGCAAGUACUACUCCGUAGUCGACGCGGAGGCCGGCAAGUCCACACGAGUCAAGCUCCCUCGCGACGCCUACUCCGUCCGCAACCUCCUCACAGCAAUCGAGCAAGGCCUCCGUCUGCGCUCCAAGCCCGUCAUCGUCCAGAAUCCAGUUCAAGUACCCUCCACUGGCCGCAGCUACGACCGCACCUACCCAAUCCCCGCUCGCAGAGUCAGCAGCGAGCAAGUGCGUCCUCGCUCCAUGUCCCCAGAGACCUACCAGAUCAUCGAGCGCACUCCUCGCAGCUCCCGCUCCCCAGCUUCGAUCAUGUACCGCUCCCCUGGUGGUUCCUCCCCUAGCCGGCCCUCAUCCAGCCGUGGCUCGCUAUACAACACCGACCGCCAGGAGCGCGUGGAGCGCCAGUACGAGGCCCCCCGUCGGUACGUCGAGGGUGGCAGCAAGUAUCACCGUUGA